AUGUUUGGAAUUUUAUUACUAUUGUUGGUACCACCCGUUGUGCUUUUAUUGAUAGUAGUGAUUAUCCUCGCGACAUUUGGCAAGUCACUUGGUAUUCGAGAAUUCUACGCUGAUGUUUUGUUGCGGAUAUUUGAGUGGGGUUCUUCGGCAUAUCCAAUUAAUGAGAUCGAGUAUGAAACUGAUGAAACUCUCGAAGGAACAACUCGACUGAGAAGAUCUUCCAGUAGCGAUAUUGGCACAUUGAUUGUUCGAGAGAAAUCCGAAGCACUUGAGUCAAAAUUGUAUGGAAAUGAGAUCGAACCAGGCAAUCAAAAGACUGUUAGAGUGAUCGUUAAUGACAGUCUUGAUUUCAUUACGGAAUGGAAGGCAAUAAUCGAGGACCAAGUCACAAGUCGGUUUAAGGCCGAACAACUUCCAUCAUGGAAUCUACUCACAAGAACCCGGUUUUCGUUUCAGUAUAUUAGUUGGAAGUUGACAACGCUAUGGGUUGGCGGAUUUUUCCUUCGCUAUUUUGUGCUUGUUCCCUUGCGAACGGCCGUUUUCGGAGUGGGAUUUUUCAUGAUGGUGAUCACUUGUUUCACUAUUGGACUCAUCCCUCAUCAAGGAACACGAAAAUGGUUGUAUCGACAUGCAAUGCUAAUGUCAAUGAGAAUCGUGGCAAGAAGUUUUUCUUCGAUUAUUCGCUACCACGAUCAAGAAAAUCGAGCAGAUCGUGGUGGAAUAUGUGUGGCAAAUCACACCUCACCAAUUGAUGUUCUCAUUUUGAGCACUGACAAUUGUUAUGCAAUGAUUGGGCAAAAACAAGGAGGAAUUUUAGGAUUUAUGCAAACAGCUCUCAGUCGUGGUGAACAUCAUAUUUGGUUUGAACGUAGUGAGGCGAACGAUCGAAAACAAGUCACGGAAAGACUGAAAGAACAUACAAAUGAUGAAUCAAAACUUCCAAUUAUCAUUUUUCCGGAAGGUACUUGCAUUAACAACACGGGAGUUAUGAUGUUCAAAAAAGGGUCAUUUGAGAUAGGUUCGACAAUCUACCCAAUAGCUAUGAAAUAUGAUAGUCGAUUAACCGAUGCUUUCUGGAACUCUUCUGAACAGUCAUAUGGUGAGUAUUUGUGGCGUAUGAUGACAUCAUGGGCGAUUAUUUGCGAUAUUUGGUAUCUACCCAAAAUGACAAAACAAGAGGGAGAAGAUGCGAUUGCUUUUGCGAGAAGAGUGAAAAGAGCGAUUGCACAAAAAGGAGGAUUAGUUGAUCUUGAAUGGGAUGGAAUGCUGAAAAGGGAAAGGGUUUCAAGCAAAUUAGUUCAACUCCACCAAAAACGUUACUUUGAACGAUUACAAAGAACCACUUCAAUUAACACAAUUGGUGAAGAACAAAGCGAAGCUUUGCAACUAAUGCAGCAAAUGACCGAGGAAGAGAGAUCGCUACUUUUGAAGGAAUUAGAUGACACAAUGGAUGAAGCUACUCUAGUCAAAAAGGUGAAUGAAUAUGGACCAGUUGUUCGUAAAAGACUGCAAAGCUCAACCGCUUCCAAUCAUUCUCAACUUAGCAACCCAGGAGAGAAAAAAGAUUUA